CCAAUUUCGGGCAAAAUGAAAUAAACCAAAAAAAUAUGAAAUGCCCUCUCCUCACGCGAACAACACUCUUCCUUUCUCUACACUUCUAAGUGAAGCAACUGCUAUCUUGCUAAAAUCUCUCCCAAUGAAUAGGUGUGUGCGAAAAUCUGUUCAAGUAAUCAUCGUGGUAAUAAUGAUAAUGAAGACGAUGAUUUUGAGACCCCUGUUGCUCCUCGUGAACAGAGAACCAUUUGAUGUACCCGCUCGCAGGCGAAGCAAACUAUUAAAUUUGUUAAGGCCGGCAAGAGAAAGGCCGAGAACGACAAUGCAAACAGUAAAAAGAAAAGAAGAAGGUUCCUACUCUAGCCGAAAAGAAGGUUGGCGAGUACUAUCUAGAAGCUGCUGAACAUUUCCAAACCAGGAUUAGUUGUCAUACAAACACAGAUAUUGUCAGCAUUCUGAAGCAAUGCUUGACUGAAAAACAAAGAACAAAUGUUUCGGGAUAGUUGUUUUGGCUACUUCCUCGACUUUCCUCCAUUCAAUAAUCAGAAUCAACUCAUAUAUGCUUUGUUACUGAAGGAAAUUUCCCCUGAUUGUGAAAAAGAGAUAUGGAUUAAACUCAAUGGCAAUACCUUGCGGUUCGGCAUUAGAGAAUUUUCUUUGGUUACUGGGUUGAAAUGUUACGAAGAUGAUAACACUGUGUAUGAUGAGCCAAAAGUCAACAGGUUACUGAAAGAGUAUUUUCUCGGAGAUGGAAAAAAAUUAGUAACGAGGGAGAGUUUGCUUGAUCGCUUCAAGCAAAAGGGUUGGAAAUCAGAUGAGGAUGCACUCAAAAUGGCCAUACUACUAUUCGUCCACCAUUUCCUUUUCUCUGAUGCUAAUAAGCAUAGCAUAUUAAAAAAAGAUUUUGAUAUAGUUGAGAGUGGUUAGUAUCAGAGGUAUGCACGGGGCAUAAAAGUAUUUGAAGACAUGUCCAGAAUAAUGAGGGAUAAACUGCGUGCCAAGUUGACAAUUUACAGGCUCGGGGGUUUGCCACUUGCAUUCCAAGUAUGGUUUUAUGAGUGUUGCUCCACGGUUGACAAAACUCUAGCUUCUCAUGUUGGCAAUAUUGUGCAACGCAUCUUUAACUGGCAAGUCAAAGAAGCUCCAACGUUUGUGGACUUAACUAUUGGGAAAUUCAUGACUAGUAUUUAC